AUUUUUGAGUGUACAAGGGAAAAAUCUUAAUUACACUGUGCGAUUUUAAUAUCACGAAAAUAUUUAUUUGUCUGAUAACUAAAUCUAAAAUAAAAUAAAAAAGAAGCGGUAAGAUACUCAAUAUACGAUUUAAGAAAAAUUAUUCAACAUAUAUCAUUUCUUAUAUUUCUUCUUGGGAGGGAUUCGUGUCUAAGAACCAUUCUGUAAGAUUCUUAUAUAACUAUCACGAAAACAAAUGAUUCUGUAUCCGACCAUAAACAGUAAUAACGAUAAAAAUAAUAUAAUGGAAUUUAAACCAAAAACGUUUGAUUUGGAGACUGCCUUUGAGACAUCUAAGAGAAGACAAAUGAAAAAAUUUCGUGGUCGAGAUUCACCCCUUUACAUUGCCGUUUAUCCGGCAGUUUAUAUAAUGCGAAUUUUUGGAUUCGUACCGUAUACGUUUUCGAAAGAUCGUUUAGUACCUUCCAAUACUAAUAUGAUAUUUUUAACUUCGAAGAGACAAGCACCUAUCGUCGGUUGUACCGGAUAUAUAAAGGUUAUAUUUAAUUAUUUCACUACGGUAUAUAGUUUAUUGAUAACCGUAACCUCGAGAAAUAAAUUCGUACAAAUUUGGAACAAUAUGCAAGAUUACGACGACGCUGUUAGAUUAUUAGGAUAUCCGCAAAAGGAAAUUAAAACUAAAAUAGGAUGUUGGAUGUUAAUAUUGAUGAAUAUCCUUCUAUGGACAUUGGUCAAUCAAAGUGGGAUGUAUGCUUUUAAUGAAACCUGGUUUUCCAAUGUAACUUACAUGUCCUUGUAUUUCGGUAGUUGUUUGGCCGUGUACAAAUUUAUUGGAAUGACAUUUUUAUUGGGUCAACGAUUUCAUCAUCUCAAUCAGUUAACAAAGAAAUAUAUAUCCUCGAAAAGAUGCAAUUCUCAACCAAUAAAAAUUGAUAUUAAAACUAUACAAGCUUGGCAUAACGAGCUUAUGAUUGACGGAGAAAAUUUGAAUGCUUUGUUUACGUGGGCUAUACUCUUAUGGUUAGCCAAUUUGAGUAUUCAUAGUGUUAGCGAUUUAUAUUUUAUCAUAGAUAGAAUAUUAAACACUUGGGAUGAUUUACAUUUUCCAUCGGUUGCUUGCUUAGCAAGUUGGUUUUUAGCUAUCACUUCUCAACUUUUAAUAUUACACAUUUCUUGCGACUACGCUUCUACUCAGUCAAGCGGUAUAGGAGAACUCAUGAUUGAAUGGCAAGCUUAUUUGAUUAAAAACAAUUCUCUGAAGGCACCAAUAGAAAGAUCACUAAAUUACAUCAAUCGAAAAUUACAAUUCACCGCAGCUGGAUGUUUUAGCAUUGAGUUACCAUUGAUACGUUCGAUAGCUUCAUUGGUAACAACGUAUUUGGUUAUUUUGUUGCAAUUGCAAUGA